GAGUGACUUGCCCGAAGGCUGUUAUCUCUGCAGUCACUCAAUUCAAUUCAACGGCCUCAUCAUCACAUUCUUGGCUGCUUCUUCUUCCUCUCCAUUCCUUUCCUUCUACCUGCUACUCGUCCGAUCGCUCGCCCAAUUUCUCCGUCUAGCUCCCUCGUGCGUCUCUCUCUGCUCUGAUCGCUGAGUUACGCCACGCGCUAUCCUCUCCGCCGUGCUACCAGGCCGCCGUUGGUAGUUUCGGGUGGCGUGCUUCUUGCUUUGCUUUAAUCACCCCGGCGGCACUAGGUUCGAUCCUUUUCUGUGAAACCUAGCUGGAAAGAGUGCGGGAAGGCUUAGAGGAGUAAUUGAAACGAUGGCCGAUUUUUUCACUUCAAAGCAUCCCGCCGCCGCCGCCGCAUGUUUCGAGCUAUUCUUUGCUACCGUCACGGAUGCCGGAGCAGAUUCCGCUUACUUCUAACUGUACGCCUCUAUUCUUCUCUGUCUCACUUUCGUGUUUCGUUUCGUUUACGUGUGCUGUUAGAUUAGUAUAGCUUUCUUGUUGUUACCGUUACGAAAGACUAAAGAGGGAAAGAAAGGCUAAUAUAGAAACCGUUUGGGAAUGGAAGAGCUGGAUUGAAAUUUGAUAUGCUUGGAAUAUGGGGGUGUUCUUGAUGUGGAUGAUAAGUUAGAUCGUUUGAGAAACAGCCAUUGAUGUGGGUGAAUAAGUUGAGGGUUUUUGCGAACAAGUAGGGAACAACGGGAUAAGGAGAAGUAUGCAUGGUGGUUAACAAAUAGGGAUUGAGGGAAGAGAACCCUUUCCUUGCCUUUCUCCUUCUUUCUGUCUCUCUUCUCUCGCAGGUCGUUUUCAAUAUGCAGAAAUAAAGGUCGUCAUCAGUGGGUGUGGGUUGGCAUCCUCAUCAUCAUCCACUCCUUCAUUAUUAUUAAUUGGUUUCUUUUGGUAGCCUUAUCUGAACUGAUCGAUUACUGUAUCCCUCUCGUGCUAAUUCCAUGGGAUGCCCUAUGUUAUGUUGUUCAUAUCCCUUUUUAAAUUGUAUCUUCUCAUUUGAGUUAUCUUGCAUCUGAGAAAAGAAAAUGUAUCUCUAUUCCAUGUUCACUGGUCUAUUUUCUAACAAGAGCUAGGAAAGGCGUAUAUUUGCUACGACACAUCUGCUUCAUUUUUCUUUUCUGUUGGGAUUUUUCUCUGAUGUUAGAAUUGUGGACUUUUUGUCACAUGGGUGCUCUGAUAAGUGAUGGUGAUAUGUGGAAUGCUCGGUGUUGAUUCCUAGUUUUUAAAACCUUUUCCGUCAUUCAUGUCAUUUGCUCACCAGUUGGACGAUGGUAACCCACUUGGCCAUUGUCUCAUAAAAUAAUACAACCAUUACCAAAUUAGGUUGCAUUUGUCAUUACUAAAGUGAAAUUGAUGGUUUCUGAGCUACUUUCUGGUCUGGAAAGCUUCUGUCGUUACUUCAUUCGUCAGCCGUCCUUUUUCUUCACAAUAUAAGCAAGUGGCCUUCUGUACCUUGAUGUGUAUGGAUCUCCGGCAAUCAUUCGUUUCUUCCUUAAUUACCUGAUUUUGCUUCAUCUCUUUGAUUAGAGAGUUUUGAUUUAAAUCAUCAUAAUCAUCGUAGUCGUCCUCCUCAUUCGCUGUUCCUGGUUUCUUGGAAGCGAAUUCCUAUAGCUUGAAACCCUUGAAUCAAUCUUUCCCUUCACUAGUCCACUAGUGGCUUCCUUAAUCUCUCUAGUGGUCCUGCCAUUCAUGAUGCUCAAUAUUUUCUUAAGUCUUCAUCUUCUUCCUGUCUAUGAAUGUAUGGUAUAUUGUCUCUCUCAUCUUCCCUGAUUUGCCGGUUCCACAGUCAGUUUGUUGUUUGAAGCAAUCCACCUCUCCUUAAAACAUAAAAGAGGAGUUGCCAGAGCAAGAAUAUGUUGGCUAACUCAUCUCUGAGUUGUACUGCAACAACCAUGUCAGCAGUUCCCUGUGCUCCUCGUGCUUGCAGGUAUGAUCAUGAACGACUUGGGAUGCCGAGGAGGAGGACCCUUUUCCCUUGGAUUAGAAAUGUGACUGCUAUUGUUUCAGCUUCAGCUUCCACUGUUUCACCCAAUCAGAUGACCAGGGGCUCAACCCACCUCAAAAUGUAUCAGGAGGUUGCCAAAUCUGCGAGGCAAAAGUUCACCCAAGAAAUUUCGUUCCAGUCGAAGGACAAAGACAUUUCUCUUGCAAGGGCUCUGCUGUAUAUUGCUGCAGAGGAUGAGGCCUUCAUUUCUUUCAAUCAAGAGGUGGAUGCUCGUUCACUGCUCAAAGAAAGGAAAAAUGUUUCGGUGCCACCCCAUCCUCAGGAUUGGGAUAACGUGGAGCAGAUGCCAUUAUCUGGGAAAACAAUAACUGGAUGGAUUGGGGAGUUGGAUAUGAUUGCCAAAGAAGUUGAGGCGGAGCUAGUUUCAAGAGAAAUAGGCUGCCAUCUGGCUGAAGUUCUGGAUGCAAUAAACUUGGUUCUUUUUGAAUUCAAAGGCUUCAAGAGGUCAUCUGUUACAGAUUCUAUGUGUUCAUACUUGCACACGUUUCUGAGCACUGGCUCUGGUAACGCAAUUUUGCUUAGCAUAGUUUACAUUGAAGUUUGUAAAAGACUCGGCAUAACCAUUGUGGGAUCCCGGGUCGGGGAGGAUUUUUUAAUAUGGCCCCAGACAGGGAAUCCAGAGGAGCUUUUCAGGGUGACUGAAGGACACAGUAUGUUUGCUAUUGUUAAUGGGAAGUGCGUAGAGGACCCUAGGUCAAGGGCAUCGGAUUUAACCAGCGGUUCUCUUUUAGGCCUUGAGAUUGCUACAAACCGAGACAUCGUCGGAAUUGCUCUGGCAAAUUUAAUAAGGCUCCACUGGAAACGCGCUUCAAGGUUGACUCGUGGAUUGAUGUUGACUUCUCCACUCAGACAUGUUCAAACUACCAAGGAAUUGGUUAGCAGUAUCCACGGUUCCAAUGUUCCUCUACUUCGUCCUCAAGAUCUCAGAUUGGCAAUAAUGGCUUCAGAAAGGCUGUUGAUUCUGCAGCCACAUAAUUGGUCAUUGAGGAGAGACCAUGGCAUGAUGUUGUACUACAAAAGGGAGUACGGAAAGGCAGUGCAAGAGCUGAGUAUUUGCAUGGCUUUUGCACCGGAGGAAGAAGCACAAGUGCUAGAACCUUUUGUUGAGAAACUGCACCUCUUACGGCUCGAGUCAUCCUGGAAAUCCUUGGGACAUUCGGGUCAAUUGACUGUUACUUAAUAACCCCCAAGCCUCGUAAGCCUCUGAGGACGUCUGUUAUGUGAAUAUGUGUAACUUUAUGGUUAGGAUGCAUAUAUACCCCAGGAAUGCUUCACAGCUACUGAUCUGUUACUCUAUGAAAGUCCAGAAUGGUCUCAGACCUUUUUAAGGCUCCAGGUAACAAAGAAUCCGAUCCUCCACUGUAAUUUGUUAGAUUCACUGAAAAUGAAGAGUGGGAGGCUUGACUCUUUCGGUGGUGUAUGAGUUGGGACUAUGGGUGGCAAAUGCAUUGGAUUCAUAGGUCUAACUUCUAAGUGACAUUUAAACUUAGGAUCAUUGUGAAAAUUUUAUAAAGUCAAGGUAUGCAAAUGGCAUUAUAAAAAUAUUAGGUACUGAAAUGUAUUUUUUUGAAAGCUAUUUCCUAUCAAAAUCAAAG